GGAGCAGGCGGAGGGUUCUUGUGGGUGUGGGCCGGAGUGAAGGGGCGGGACGCGGCCGUGUGGCUCCGCUCCCAAACAGCUUCCACGCAGAACGAACUCCUCAACGUCCGGAGAACACGGCGGAGGACGGAAGCACCGCAUACCGGCAGCCGCCUCGCUCCAGGCCCGCCUCGCGCCGUCAGAGUCCGGCUGCCGUCCGCCCCCCCGACUGGACUCCUCUCCGUGGGACCACAGAGCCCCCCAGCCCCGUCCUUUCACUGAAGCCACUCCCCCCGCCCCUCCAGCCGCUGGGUAAUCCUCAGAGUGGGGGCUGCUGCGCGUCUGUCAUGGUCACCGCUGCGGAGGCCCCCCCCAGGAAAGACUGAGAGCAGAAGGCAGCGUGACAGAGGGGGCGGCAGCUCUGAGCUCAGGAUGGCAGUCAGGGAGGGGGCUCCAUGAUGUAGGACCUCCACCCCCCACAGCUGCAACCAGAGUGGAUCAGACUUCACUCCCAGAAACCCCCAAUAGAGGAACCCCCGUUCUGAGUGGGCUUUCGGCCCCCCGCUCACCACAAGUGCCUUCUCCCCCCUUCCUGUUUGAGCGAGGAGGCUUUGCGCCCGCCGCGUCCCGCCGCCAUGGUGGCGCUCCAGUCCAAGUGGCGCUACGGCUUCAUGUUCCUGGGCAUCCAGCUGGUGGUUAUGGCCCUGCUGUCCCGGGAGGGGUACCACCGCAGGGUCACCUACUUCAUCCGCAUCUUCCGCAGGCCCGGCACCACCAGCCUGCCCACCCGCAACGUCACCACAGAGGGCGGCGGCGCCCUGGACGUUUACUCCAACCUGUCCAACCUGAUCCUGAAGUACAACCGCAGGGACGACAUGAAGUUCUGCCCCAAGACGUCCCCCUUAGUAGGAGGGCCCAUCCACGUCAGCUUCCCCUCAGGACUCACUCUGGCCCAGGUUGAGGCCAAGAACCCGCUGGUGAUGCACGGGGGGCGGUACCGGCCGCCCGACUGCGAGGCGCGACACAAGACGGCCAUCAUCAUCCCACACCGGAACCGGGAGCACCACCUCAAGUACCUGCUGUACUACCUCCACCCGUUCCUGCAGCGGCAGCAGCUCAACUACGGCAUCUACAUCAUCCACCAGGCUGGAAACUACACCUUCAACAGAGCCAAGCUCAUGAACAUCGGCUUCAGGGAGGCCAUGAGGGAGGAGGACUGGGACUGCCUGUUCUUCCACGACGUGGACCUGAUCCCUGAAGACGACCGCAACACCUACAUCUGCGACGCCAACCCCAAACACGCCGCCAUCGCCAUGGACAAGUUUGGCUACAAGCUCCCGUACAACAUGUACUUCGGAGGGGUGUCGGCCCUCUCUCCUCUGCAGUACCUGAAAAUGAACGGCUUUCCCAACAACUACUGGGGCUGGGGGGGCGAGGACGACGACAUCGGCGUCAGGGUGUCUCUGGCCGGGAUGCACAUCAGCCGCCCGCCGCUGAAGCACGGGCGCUACAAGAUGAUCAAACACAAGCUGGACCAAGGCAACGACGUCAACCCCAAGAGGUUCAACAUGCUGGCGAAGACGCGUCAGACGUGGAAGCUGGACGGGAUGAACUCCCUGGAGUACGAGGUGGUGUCCCGGCAGUACCUGCCGCUCUACGCCAACAUCACCGUCAACAUCGGCACAGAGAAGGGCCUGAAGCUGGCCGUGAAGGCUCCUCCCCCUCCUCCUGCCGCCAAAGACAAACCAAUAGACAAAGAGGCAGCCAAAGCUCCGCCCAAACCCUGAAGGGGGCGCUGCUCCUCCUGCAGGACGCUGCAGAAGGCCGGCCUCCCUGUGGCGAGCUGCGGCGGAUCAAAGUGACCUUCCUGUGAAGCGGUUGACGCUGGACUGAGUUCGUCUGCGCGGCGUGAACCCUGAGGCCUUAGAACCUUUAGACUCUGAUGGAGCCGGCGUGGAGCUCUGAGCUCCGCCUCCAUCGCCAGAGGACGAUGAUGCCAAAUCUGCACCUUUCUCUGCUUUUGCCUUGAAGCUGAUGAGCGGGAAACCCCGAGAUGAAGCUGCCAUCAGCUUCCUCUGAAGCUCCGUGAGAUUUCCCAGAAGCGCCGAGUUCUUCCGCUCCGACAGCUGAUUGUUCCCCCGAGAGAAAGCGGUCCGUUUCCCCGGCCGGUCCGACCGACCGGCACAACAAACCAAAGACGUUUGAGGACCAUUUUCUGAUCUUUCUAUCACCUGGUGUUGGUUUCUGAGAACGGAGCAGCUGCUCCACUCGUCCGUCGUCUGCUGGUUAUCACUUUAGGGGGGCGCCCUCGGCCCCCGUGGGGGUCUGAGGGGAACGGGGUCUUUCUGCUCUUCUUCUGCACAGUCCACAGUGGCCUUAAGUUCUCUAAUAAAACCUUCAAAGUAAA